AUGGGGAAAGGUGGCUACGGAAAGGGUUGGUCCCGAGGUAGAUCCUGGCACCGUAGCUCCCAGUGGCAAGAUGGCAACUACUACCAUGGAUGGCGCAAGCCGGCUUGGCAGCCCGAGAGUCAGCACCAUGACUCUUCACUCGGCAGGUUGGCUGGUGGAAUGCUGACAUCUGCUUGGGAUAGUGUUUGCUCUGGAGUGACUGCUGCGGCCUUGAAAGCCGUUGAACAUACUGCAGGCGCCUUCUUCAACAAGGAUGGCAAGCAGACUGUUGACCAAGGUGCGCAAAGCAUCAUGGCUUGUUUGGCAGGUAGCGCUGCAGACCCCCCGCCAGCGCAAAUGAGUGCUCCUGCCCCAAAGCCCGCAGUGCCUGCGGACAACCCAGGGCCUGACCAGCUCAUGUUGUCUGUGCUUGAGAUGCAAAAGCAACAGAUGCAGCAGCAGACCAUUCUCCAGCAGCAGCUCUUGCGUCUCCAAGAAGCGCAAUCUUCUCCUCCCAGCAGCCUUGCGCAGAACUUCCGAGCCCCUGUGCCCGCUCGGAGCAAGAGCCGACAGAAGGCGUCAACCCCAGCAAGUGCCCCUUCGACGCUGCAGCCCCAAAGCAGAAAGCCAAACGACCUGCAGCAGGCAAAGCAAAGGUUGGCCAGAACUGCGCUGACUGAACUGGCAGAGUCCUUAGCAACCAAUGCCCGCCUUGCAAGCACUGCUGCUGAGAGCUACAGC